CAACGUUGUGUAUUGUGCAUUUGUGCUAGUCUUCGACCGUGUCGCCGUCCAAAGUUUUUUUACAGUCUUAAUUCUUAAAUUAAGCUCGCAAAGUUAUGGCGUUUCUUUCUCGCUGCAAUUUCGUGUUGCGAAAUGCGAAACGCGUCAAGCUGCAUCGUUUUUUUGGCACGACGCAAGACGCUUGCAGAGAGAUGAACUAUCCCACUCAUGCUCAAAAGCUUGGAAGAUGGGCUGGGAUUUGUAGCAUGCUUCGUUUGCCAGUUCACGAGAAUGCAGAAGGUUUGGACGCGUGUUUCGUUGGCAUCCCUUUUGAUAGCGGCACGAGCUACAGGUCAGGUACCAGAUUAGGUCCGAGACAAAUCCGUGUGGAAUCCGCAAUGUUGAGGCAUGUAAAUGGAGUCACUGGUGCAUCACCUUUCGAGUCAAUGAUGGUUGCAGACAUUGGUGAUAUGUCUGUUGUGCCUUUCAAUGUUGAGAGGUCUUGUAGAAUAAUCAAGGACGAGAUAGCAAAGAUAAUUGUAAAUGGAUGUCGGCCAUUAUCUAUGGGUGGUGACCAUCUUGUAACCUAUCCAAUUUUACAGGCUAUGAAGGAAAAGUAUGGUAAGGUUGGAGUCAUUCAUAUUGACUCACAUGCAGAUACAAACGAACAUCAGCUGGAAGAGAGGCUUACACACGGAACUCCAUUUAGUCGGGCAGUAGAGGAAGAUUUGCUUGAUGGAGAAAGGGUUGUUCAGAUAGGGCUGCGAGGUUCUUUGUACAGCCAUGAUGAUUUUAAUGUGGCAGAAAAACAGGGUUUCCGUAUUGUCCGGGUUGAAGAAUGCUGGCAUAAAUCUCUAACACCGCUGAUGGAAGAAGUGAGAGAGCAAAUGGGAGAUGGACCAGUAUAUUUGACUUUCUGUGUUGAUGCUAUCGACCCAGCAUUUGCACCAGGAACAGGUACACUUGAAAUAGGAGGUCUAACAAGCAUCCAGGCUUUGGAAAUUGUCCGAGGAUGUAAAGGACUGAACAUUAUCGGAGCAGACUUUGUUGAGGUGUCACCUCCGUAUGAUCCGUUUGGAAUGACAGCACAUAUUGCUGCAAACUUGUUGUUUGAAAUGCUUUGUAUUUUGCCUGGGGUUAAAUAUGUCAAGUAAAACUAUGAUAUGCCUACUAGCUUACUGUGAAACAGGAAAGUCUGGAAUCAUUUUAUGAAACACAAAUGCAUUAUUAUAACAUAUAUACCUUUUUAGUCAUGGCUACUGUAGAAUUAAAGUAAGUAAAGAAUC